AAUACAAAUGGAUUGAUUCAUUCCUACUUUUUUUCUUUGUGUGUGUGCUCCCCUUCUCGUCUCGCUUCCCUUUGGCCCCACUCGCCCAGCGCGUACAAACUUUUGCUCUCAGAAACCAAUCUGCAGCGUGUCCCAUUUAUCAACAAUGAACUCCCUUGUCAACGACGUCCGAAAGCACCGCGAGCUUAUUCCUUUGGUGGUUAUUGUCACUGGAGCCGUAUCCUAUGGCAUCGGGUCCAUCAUCCACACCACAUUGAAGAAGGACGUUGUCGUGGAUCACGUCAACAAUCCAUUUCCGUGGCAGAGCGUCGAUCCCAACGAAUUCAAGCCCGAGUCGCACCGCCGACGCCCAUGAUGAUGAUGAUCUGGCAUUGCUUGUUGUUAGUUCUGUUUUUAUUGUGUGAUGCUUGUGCUGCCAGUGUCUUUGUGAGCUUCUACAAAAUACAUUAGGAGGAAAUUGUUUGAUUCG